UACAAGUUAAACAGAAACAACCAAAUCACCAUAACCUUUUCACUACAGAACAUACAAGUACUUGCUGAUUCUUGCCAGCACUUACUUAUAAGGGUUCUGAGGCUGCGUCUCUUUUAUUUGUCCAUCACCAACUGACAACUAAUUGUUAACACAGAAAAACAUCACUGUAAAAGUACACUGUUGAAAAACAAAAGAAGAAGAAUGGCAAGCGCAAUCAAUGGAUCCUCAAACAAAACAGGGAACUUUUCUAACCAAUUCAUCCAGCCUUCGUGGCAGAUUGGUCUCUGGUCUGUCGCGUAUGGUUCUGUUGUGGCGGUGGCCGUAUUUGGUAAUCUGAUUGUUAUUUGGAUAAUCCUGGCUCACAAACGAAUGAGAACCGUCACCAAUUAUUUUUUGGUGAACCUGGCUUUUUCUGAUGCCUCAAUGGCUGCCUUCAACACCUUGAUAAAUUGCAUAUAUGCUCUCAACAACGAAUGGUACUUUGGUCAAGGUUACUGCAAGUUUCACAACUUCUUUCCCAUCACGGCUGUCUUUGCCAGCAUCUAUUCUAUGACAGCCAUCGCCGUAGACAGGUACAUGGCUAUCAUACACCCUCUGAAGCCGAGACUCUCUGCAACAGCAACUAAAGUGGUGAUUGUGAGCAUCUGGAUCUUGGCGUUUGUUCUUGCCUUUCCGUUAUGCUUCUACUCCAGGACUAGACAGAUCCCAAAUAGAAUUAUCUGCUAUGUGGACUGGCCCAGAGGUUUUACUGAUCACUUCAUGUAUCAUAUCAUUGUAACAGUGCUGGUGUAUGUGCUCCCGUUGGUUGUCAUGGGUAUUACCUAUACAAUAGUAGGUGUCACUCUAUGGGGAGGAGAGAUCCCAGGAGACACUUCUGACAAAUACCAUGAACAACUGAGGGCUAAAAGAAAGGUUGUAAAAAUGAUGAUUAUUGUUGUUGUGACGUUUGCCAUUUGCUGGCUGCCCUACCACAUUUACUUCAUAUUGACUGGAAUAUACCCUCGUUGGAACCGAUGGAAAUACAUCCAACAAGUGUACCUUUCUAUCUUCUGGUUGGCCAUGAGUUCCACAAUGUACAAUCCCAUUAUUUACUGUUGCCUUAAUAGCAGGUUUAGAGCUGGAUUCAAGAGGGCAUUCCGUUGGUGCCCAUUCAUCAAGGUCUCCACCUACGACGAAUUAGAGCUAAAAACAACCCGGUUUAACCCGACUCGCCAGAGCAGCAUGUACACUGUCUCCAAGAUGGAAUCCAGCAUGACCGUUGUCUUUGAGCCCACUGAGGGAGACAAUCCAGACCCUGCCAGGAAGAAAAUUGCCACUUCUCGAGACACCAGCCUCAACGGCUGUUCUGGCAACAGCACCAAAACAUCAAGGAGUUCGAGCUUCUACAGCACCACAAACACUUCUGUGGAAGAGUAUUCAUGAAGCCUACAGACAUGCAUGGAUUGUAAACUGGAAAAAGCAUUGUAAAUCCUAUAGCUUAGCAUCAAACAUAUAUAGAGGACACUUUGCAAACAGGUAGUACACUCUUUGCAAACUCUUUUGUGUUUCCUCCUAAGUAACUUAAGGGAACUGUUUUGAUAAACACAAUUAAGUCCAUUUCUUUUUUUUUUAAUGACUAAAUUUAAAUGUAUUGAGGUAAAACAAUAAGAAACUAAGACCGUAUUGUUUUGAGCAAACUCUUAACAAAUCUAAAUCUUUUAAAUGUAAUUACUGAUAGGCACUGGGGGAAAAAAUCCUAUUGUUUCCAGAGCAGUUCUCUUGGAAAGAAAUGCACUGCAGUUCUUGAAGUAGCUGAAGUGAAUAUUAUGUUUAUCUGUCCCACUGAACAUAGAGGAAUUAUAUUCCUUAACUACAAAUACCUUCCUAAAACGAAAAUAGUAAUACCAGGCUGUUUUUCUAUUUUGUAAAUAAGCUUCUAAUGAAUAUUCCAAAUUAAUUGUUUAAAGUCCUAUUUUCUUUUGGAUUUACAGUUUCUCUUCAUAGGAAUUAAGGAUAGGAUUAGAAUAAGUAAGAAUGAAUAGAAAGAAUAUAUUAAGUAUGUAUUAGAAUGGCAUGCAUAAUUUACUUCCUCUAAUAUGUAUUGAACAUCCUGGGGUAGUGUGAUAGCAUGGACAAGUGGUCAAGCAGGCCGACAAGGAUCACACAGCAAGAGGAAUGUGUUUAAGGGCUUCUGGGCCCCUUUUUAUUUAUUUUUUUUAACAACAUAAUUUUACAAACAAAAAAUGGCUUCUGUCAGACCUUUACAUUGGAGUUAAAAGUGAAUCUGGUUACUUAGGAUAAUAUGGGACAGAGACCAAUAAACACAUGGACAGUUUAAUUAAGAAAAAAUAAUAAUAAUUAAAACGAUGGAAGCAUUAAUAUGCUAUAAUUAAUUGUACUGUAGCAUGUUCCAUCUCACGAAAGAAGGGACUGUUGUUAGAAACCUAUAUUUAGAUACUGGAAUAUGAAUUAUGUACUUGUACAACAGACCAGGAAAUGUGUGUUUAUUAGAACACUCAGAAGUCUAUAAACUGUAGAAUUUAUGGAGGUCAACCUAUUUCUAGUGUAAAAAGUAAUUUGUAUGUUUGUUUAAAUUUCAAUCAAGUGUCAAUUUGUGCUUUAAUACUACACAAUUGUAUGGUGCAGUAUUUUGGUUCUAAUACCACAGCAUAUAUCAUUUUGAUUUAAUGCAGACCCCUGACACACACUGCAUUUCUUUUAUUUAAAUGAUAUCGAUCUGUAUAUAUGAUGGAUGUCACUUGGACGUUAAAAACUAUGGUUAACCCUUUCAUUUAUUGCAAUUUGACAAUAUUGGAACCUAUUCUUAAAACUUUAAGGAAUGUUUUUUAAUUGUACACAUUAUUUGAAAACAGAGAUAAUGAAAUUAACUUAAAAAUAAAACAGAAAAAAACAUUAUUUAAACCAGUUGUUAAAGUUGAGCCCAUUAUCUUCCCAGUAAUCUGACAUUAUCAUAUAAUGUGUCUUGACCUUUGAAGGUAGAGGUCCAUUCCUAUGGAAAAAUGUAGAUAUUAUCCAAAAAGAAAAAAAAAAACAGAAAUUGAAAUGCAUGCAAGACAUUUCAGAAGAAUCUGAAUAAAUCAAUUAAGAUUUCAAAGUGACUGGAGUGUUUAAAAGCUAAUGUUGAAACAUCUUCAGAUUAAUUUAAGAAUCACCACAAUUCCAAUAAUGUUACAAUUCUGAAAGAUUUUUCCAGUUUUGGGGAUAAAGGGUAUAAAGCAUCAUACCGGAAUAUCAGAUAUGUAUUUGUAAAUAAAUGUGUGCUCUUAAAGUAAGAUUUUAGAAACAUAUUUUGUUCAGCUAUAUAUAUAUAUAUAUAUAUAUAUAUAUAUAUAUAUAUAUAUAUAUAUAUAUAUAUAUAUAUAUAUUAACAGUGUUUUUUCUAUCUUGUUUGUGGUAUGUGCAAAGCAGGUUUCUUUUUAAACAUCAAUGUAUGCCUAAAUCUUGGGUCCAGUUACUUAGCUGUGCUUAUAUGGUUAUGUGAGAUACUUGCACUACGUUAUCAUAGUCUGCAUCUAUUAUAUCCGUUAUUUAAAUUUGUCAUGUUCAGUGUAUUAGAAGUCCACAGAAAAAAACAAACUCCUGUGUAGCGCAUGCUACAUAAUUGGUGUAUUGUAUUUGUAAUAUAUUACUGCAGGGUACAACAGUAAAUGGGUACAGCAGUACAGGAUACAGGGUGCAGCAGUAAAAAGUGUGGUAAAGUUUAGUGGUGCGAAAGGUGUUCAACAGUAAAGCACAGGACAAAGAUUCAAAGAGUGAAAAUUUACUAUAAUAAAGGUUGACUUUUCACAGCCUUUUAUAAGAUUAGCCAUACACAGCUUGUGAUAUGGCUAACAGCUAGUCAACUCCCCCCAAAAAUGAUCCCCAAUCUUGUGUGUGCCCUUAAAGCCAGCAGCAGGCGGACACCAUCACAUACAAAACCUGCUGCUCCUGCUGGUUGCAGUAAAUGCGCUCCGGCAGGGCUGCCCGUGAAAAGGGUGUGUGUGUGACAAUAGCUGCUGCCAGUAAAAUAUACAGUACCACUAAAGGGAGUCUUGUUGUACAUUGUGUAUUUAUUGAAAACCUUACUGUUUAUAUUUGAAUGUUUAUUUAUUAUAUGGCGGUCUACAGCUUAAUAAGUCUUCUUGUUUUGUAAUAAUUUUGUUGAUUUGUAAUUAGACAAAUUAGCAUUUCUUCAUUGGUGCUGUGAGCUCUUUGCCUUUAAGGUGUUGGAUUGCUUUAGGCAGCAUGUGCUUUACAUGGAUUGAAUUUGUUUUUUUAACACAUAUAUGCAGAUAUAAUGUUGUAUAAUAAAAGCAGCUGAACAAAUGGAGAACAUCCAAACUGUAUCAAUCACUGAGACUACAAAAUAUCCAUUAUUAAUUCAUACUUCAACCUCAAUUUAUUAUCGUCAUUUAAUAUAAAUGUUUAAAUAUCAGAUUAAUAAAAACCUGAGAUUAACAAUAAAAUCUGCCUUAAAAUGAAUGUUGAAUGAUUUUAAAUCCUUUAAAACAGUAUAAACCUAAAGGAACAAUAGCUUGUCUCAGAAUGACUAAGACCCUGUUCACACUACUGGGCCGGCCCUGGGCACAGUAGGAAUUUUAUGGUAUAUAUUCAAAAAAACACUUUGACUUACUGUUAUGGUGUGUAACAGGGUGAUGGUCUGAGCUUACGCACAUCCCCACCCGCAAUCACAUUAUUAAACACAGGCAUUUUGAAUGCAGGAAACAGCAACUUGCUAGUGUUGACAGGUAUAAAUAUUUAUCUUUGUAAUGGAUACUUCAUUGAGAUUGCAAAUGACUA